CCACGCAACAAUAGUCAGCCUAUCCUGACCAAAUCAUACGAGCAUCUCUCCUUUGACUCGGUCGGUUUGCAUUCCCAUUUCCGCGCCUAUUCAAGCACGACACCAACUAUGCACAAGUCCGCAGUCCGGCGCUCCGCUUGCGACCAGUGCAGGGCGAAGCGGGUUCGAUGCCUUCGCGCCCAAGACAGCACGGCGGCGUGCGCCCGCUGCUGCUAUAUGGGCGCGCAAUGCGUUACAGGUGCCGCCGGUCUCCCUGGAAGACCGCCGAAGCAGCGUCAUGCCGUCGCCGUCGCCUCGCCCAGAGCCCAACGCACGCCAACGUUGCGAGACGUGAAUCGCGACAACAGCCAUGCAACCGCGAUUUCAAUGGUGCCCGUGCCUACAAAAGCGUAUGAUCCCGCCAUGCAGCUCCCUUCGCCAAGAGACCCAGUCGCCCAGGAGCCAUUACCAGAUCUCUGGGGUGCGACGGGCGACAUCUCCGCUUUCCUCGACUCUUAUCCCUCUUCAAUGGAUCAAAGUCCUAUGUCUUGCGAAGACAGCGCCUCCCUAGCGGAUCAGCUUGGCACUCCAUCGCAGCUUCAGGGACUUCCAGGUGCACAUGAUGAAUUCGAUAUGAUGCUUCAUAUGAGCGGAGUUUCCGGCACUGCUCUCGAUUUGAAUCUCGGUUCUCUCCUUGAUUGCGGGGAGGAGAUUAUGGACCCAGCGCCACUACCCCAAUUCUCCUCCGCCGCAAGCUCUCUAGUAAUGUUCCGAGAGGAAAUAGACCAGCGCAUUGCGACUAUUGACACAUACUACUCAAACGCCGCGAAAGUUCAACAGCGUUGCAAAGAUGAGGCUGCGGGAAGAGAUGUCGAGAACCCAGCGGCUUUGCUUCUGACAUGCACCAAAGAAUUCACCGGAAUCAUCCAGAACCUCACGCCAGCGGGACAGAUGCACAUGCAGACCGAGGAUACACUUAACACGGAAACCUUGCUCCUGGUUCUGUCUAGCUAUCUUGCGUUGAUGAGGCUCUUCGACUCCUUAUUCCAACGCAUCCACAAAUACCUCUGCCAGGUAUCGCCAGAGUCGUACAAGACCAUCAAGGUCAAAUCGGUACUCCGCAUUGGCGGUGUCUCUGCGCUUCAAGACAUGCCCCUCAAGGCGUAUGCCAUAGGCAUUCUGGACGCGAUCCAGGGUCAGGUGCAGACACUAGAGUGUUGCAUGGGGAUUCCAGCCGAAUACUGUCUCUCAGGCGAUGCAGUUGCCUCAUCUACCGCGGCAGCUUCGGGUAUAUUCUCCAGUGCGCAACGACUCCGGCUGUUUUGGACCGUUAUGGCACAGGAGGAUGUCAAGUCUCUGCAUGGAAGCAGCUCGUACGUAGAGUCGAUACGGGCCAGUAUCAAGGAGUCAAUGACAUUUCUUGAUGACUAGAUCAAGCCGGACUGGAC